AUGGCGCGCAACGAGGACACGCCGCUCCCAAAACUACACCCGUCCGCGCCCGUGCUCAACGACAUCGAGAGUGCCCCAGUUAGCAGGAGCGCCACUCCACCAGCGACCUCUCCCCCAUCGCCCGUGUCGCCAACAAGAGAUGGCAAGGACAAGGAUAAACACGAGGACCGACGCGCGGGCAAGGUUGGCGGCGGGUUGACCGAGGGCGAUGAUGAGGUUGCCGACCUGCCAAAUAACAACUUGUUGAUCGUCAUGCCCUCGCUCUGCCUCGUGCUCUUCCUCGCAGCGCUCGACCAGACUAUUAUCGCUACAGCACUCCCGACAAUGAUGGCGCAAUUUAACGCCUCGCCGUCGCAGUAUUCGUGGGUCAUCACGUCUUACCAGCUAGCCAUGACACUACUCACUCCCAUCAACGGACGAGUGUCCGACAUUAUCGGGCGCAAGCCGAUGCUCUAUGCGGCCAUCGUGGUCUUCACCAUCGCCUCUGCGCUCUGCGGUGCAGCCCAGAAUAUUGAGUGGCUAAUCGUCUGUCGCGCGUUCCAGGGCCUGGGCGGCGGCACGAUCAUGGGCCUCGUGAGCAUCAUCGUGUCGGAUAUUGUGCCGCUCGAGAAACGCGGAAGCUACCAAGGCUUCAUGGGUGCGAGUUGGGGCGUCGCUGCCGUCGUUGGACCCAUCCUCGGCGGCGCAUUCACCAAUAUGAGCCAUUCGGGCUGGCGGUGGUGCUUCUUCAUCAACCUCCCCACCGGAGGUGUGGCGUUUAUUCUGCUCCUCCUCUAUCUCAAGCUCAACAAGCCGCGGAUUCACACAUUCCGAGAACUUCAGCGGACGUUCGACUUCCUCGGUCUUUUCCUGAUCAUGAUCGGCUCGUCCCUCCUCAUUGUAGGGUUCAGUUUCGCCGCCGACCACGGAUUCAACUACGUUCCAAGUAUUGCCCUCAUCGUCGCCGGUGCCGUGCUCUUCUGCGCCGCCGUCGUCAACUGCCUCGUCACGAAACGCACAGCCGUCAUUCCAGCCCGCCUUUUCAAGACCCGCACGACGCUCUUCUACACCAUCGCGAGUGCGCUGCACGCUGCCGCCUUUAUUCCGUGCAACGUUGUCCUCCCUCAAUUCUUCCAGGGCGUACACGGCGCCGACGCCUUGCAGGCCGGCAUCCAGCUGCUGCCGUUUGCGAUCUUUGUCUCUUGGUCAACAGUGGUGGCGGGCCAGAUCCAGAGUCGGCUGCGUAUCGUCCGCCCGGUCACCUGGCUCGGGUACGCGAUUGGUGCACUUGGAUUCGGGAUAAUGAUUGGCUUCUGGAACUGGGAUAUCAAGCUCCCAAUGCAGCACGGGACAAGUAUCAUCCCAGCUUUGGGCAUCGGACUCUCCCUCCAAUCCCCCAUGCUUAUCCUCCAGGCCGCCAUGCCACUCAAGGACAUGGCGGCAGUGACGUCGGUAUGGGUCCUGACCCGCUCCAUUGGCGGAAGUGUCGGCGUGUCGCUCUUCCAGGCCGUGCUGAACUCGGACAUACGAUCCGAGUUUGCCAAGGUUCAUGCAAAGUGGGGACAAGGACCAGAAGUACCCACCUCUGUGGCCGGAUACCAUGCGAUCCACGAUAUGCCAGACGGACCACUCAAGGUUGAUGUCCUCCGAGCCUUCGCAAACAGUUUCAAGCCGUGCUGGAUCAUCGCACUGUCUUUGCUGGCGUUCUGCUUGGUUAUCACUAUUCCGACACGCGCAUACUCGCUUAACCGGCCGCGCGGAGCUGCUGCCAAGGCUGGGACGGAGAGCCACGAGGGAGAGAGCCUGGAGGACUUUGAGCCCGAGGUAGAUGGCGAUUCCAAGAUCAUCCCCGACCCAGAUCCGAUCGAGGAAAAGGCCGAUCCGUACAGCUUUGCGAGCACGCCGACCGCUAUUGGGUCUUCUGCCGCGUCUACGGACAAGGAGCGUUCGUAA